UGCAAAGCGGCACGCCAUUGGAUGAACCGCUGGCGCAAGGUGACCAAUAGGCGGCUGCUGAGGCCUUGCUGCGCCCGGUGAAGCCUGAGGAUCUACUGCAGUUAUGAAUUUCGUGCGGGCGGUGGGGCGACGAAGGUGGUACUCAGGGCAGUACUUGAUCCCUGCUACACCAGCCGGUCCCAGCCAACGCCAGGUCUGUAGAUCUGCAGUGUUGCGGCCCAAGGGCUUCCUAAAAUUGUGGCCUGCUGCAGGUCUGCGAGCAGAGGUAGCUGGCUGCCUCAGUGCCUGGUUCUUCCCGUGGAGUCAGCAACAGGUGCGGAUGAAGAAAAGGGGGACUGAGUACCAGCCAAAGACCAUCAAGCGGCUACGGACACACGGCUGGCUGAAGCGGAUCAGCACUCGUGGUGGCAUCGAGGUCAUCCUGCGCAGGAUGCUGAAGGGGAGGAAAUCACUGACGCACUGACGGUGAUGGGGAAUUCAACUUGGGAACGGACAAGCUAUCUUUGCUCUCUGACCAUAGCUGUACAUACUGUAAUAAAGAUAGUGAGUUGAAGUGCUGCUCUGUAGCUCAAGAUUCACGAUUGUUUAAUUUAUUUUCUG